GCGGUGGGAAAAAGCCAAAACAAAAGUUUUUUGCUAAGCGAAAAAGAGAGGGGCAUAAUUGGGGUUUUUUGUUUUCUCUUGCGGGGGUGAUAGCAUGCGGAAGGUUUGGUUUUGCUGGCGGGUGGGUAAGUUCCGAUCAAAAAGAAACAGAGUUUUGGGAUAAAAUUCAAAAUCAGGAUAAUACUAAACUAAAAGAAAAUGACGACGA